AUGGCCACCACUGCAAAUCUCCGACCCCGCCCCCCUCGCAGAGGACCUUCUACUGUCCGACCUGCCUCCUUUGCUCGCCCCACUCAUCCCCGGACUGCACCUCCAUCCCGAACUGCCGCCCCUGUUCGUCCCCGGGCCCCGCCUAUAGCCCGACCCUUCACCCCAAUGCCCCAUCAGUCCAUUGAUCUUGCUCGACCGACCUUUAGCCCUGGUCGCGGCCACGGACGAAGAUCAGCCAAUGUCACCUAUGCCAGCCCUGCCUUCAGAGAAGCUUCUCAGGCAGCUCGUCAGGCUCGCUCUAUGAAUGAUCGCUUGGGUCGAGAUACCCCCUCUUCUUCUCGGCGCAGGGUUCGGCUACCAUCUGAGAAUUCUGACUCGGAUGACCAGCCUUUGGCUCAAAGACUUCGCCACCGAGCCCCCCAUCCCCGCCAAGACUUGGGCCCUUCCACUAUUCCUUCUCCAUCUCCUAUUGCAACUGUCGCUCCUCCUUUGCCUCCUAUUGCAACCCCGACUCCCAUCCCGAGCCCCGCAGAUGCUCCCCUUGCUUCGCCCGAGGUUCAGGUUGAGCCCCCGCUAGCACAACCCUCUACUUCGCAACAACCUCAAAGCACUAAAGUUGGCCCAUCACAUCGCCCUCUAUCAUCUACCUCACCGCCAGAGCCUUCUCAUAUGCCCCCUUCAACUCCUUCUAGGUCGGCUGCUGGGCCUUCCGGCUUAGCUGUUGGGCCUUCCCAACCACCACCACCUAUUCCUCUUUAUUAUCGUACCAUUGCUCCUUCUGAGGUUGAGUUACAGUCACGGAAAGAUGUUCCCACCAGCUCCUUGACAAUGAAAGGUCGCUUGUCCACUUUGUGGGAAAAAAGUAUGCAUCAGAUGGAACUCUUGCCGCCCCCUGCCCAGAUGGAUAGAUUCUCUGAGUUGUAUAUCAAGGCCUGUGCAAAGUCCUUGAUAAUAAACGAAUCCUUCCAUGCUGUUCAUCACCAAAAUAAGAUGUUGAGGGACAAGGUAACUGAACUGGAGCUUCAAUUAAAUAACCCGGCGCAGGCUAGUCAUGCCUUGAGAGCCGAAGUAAAGGAUCUAACCAGAAGGAAGAAUCAUCUGGAAGUAUCCUUGGCGAUAUCUAACCACGAGCUUAAAGGACUUAAGGAAGAAAAAAGGCAAGUCGAUACCGUGCACCAGCAACGCAUGGAUCAACAAGCUUUGGUGCACCAACGAGCCGUUGACCAGCUGACCCAAAAGCUACGCGCCGCCGAAACCUUAGCGCAGGAGCAAGACAAGAAACUAAAAUCCCAGGCGGCCCAAUUAACAUCUCAAGCAGCAGAACUGUUGGUCGCCCGAAUGAACUGGCUCAGGCCCGGGCUACUGCAGAAGGAGUAUCUACAGCCCUGGCCAUUUAUAAAGAAGGAGAGAAUGACCGCUAUCAACAGAGCUGCGCUUUGUACCUGCGUUCUCCAAAAUUUUGUACACAAGUAG